GGCCGGGCCUGCGCUGAGGGAGCGCCCAGGGCAGCGCCCGCCGCCACCGCGGGGCCCGGCAUGGACACCCACUACUACGGCGGGGAGCAGUCAGAUGAUGGAGGAGCUACUCCAGUGCAAGACGAGCGAGACUCAGGAUCUGAUGUGGAAGAUGAAGGAAACGAACAACACUCUGGAUCGGAGAAUGGAAGUGUAGGGCACCAUUCAGAGAAUGAACACAGUGGUGGAGAAGAUGAUGGGCAAAUGGGAGAGCCUCAUAUGACAGACUCUGAAAAUGAAGAUAUCCCAAGGCAAAAAGAAAGUGACUCAGAUAAUGAGGAUCCCGCAAAUCACAAUGUAAGUGAUUCAGAAAAUGAAGCAACUCAUGGAGGGAAAGACAGUGAUUCUGAUACUGAGGAUCAUCCAAACCGACAUUUAAGUGACUCUGAAAAUGAAGAGGCUUUAAAUCAUCGAGCAAGUGAUUCUGACAAUGGAGACCCUCCAAGGGAUCACAGCAGUGAUUUUGAAAAUGAGGAAUCCCACAAACAGCCAGCCAGUGACUCCGAGAGCGAGGAGCUCCAGAAGCAGCCAGCCAGUGACUCCGAGAGCGAGGAGCUCCAGAAGCAGCCAGCCAGUGAUUCUGAAAGCGAGGAGCUUCAGAAGCAGCCAGCCAGCGACUCGGAGAGCGAGGAUGUGUCCAGACACAAGCAGAUAGAGUCUGAAGAUAGCGAUGGGGAGGACAGGAAAGAAAAGGUGCAGAAUGACUCUCAUCAUUCAGAUAAUGAACAUGUAAGGAAAGGAUUUCAGGGCUCUGACAGUGAAGACGAAGCUCCUAAGAGACGUAAAAUAUCAGACAGUGAUGAAGAUGAGAAAGAGGAAGAAAAGACGGUGAAGAGGAAAACAGCCAUCCUUUCUGAUAGUGAGGAUGACAGUGAGAAAACACCUGCAAAAAAGGUACGAAUCCUUUCCGAUGUUGAAGAAUCGGAUAGUGACGCUGCUUCAGAGAAAUCUGACAAAAGGAAGAAAAAUGUUGUAUCCGAUAGUGAGGAGGAGGAAGAAGAAGAAGGAAAAGACAAUGCUGGGAAGAAAAAAGGGAAAGAUCUGUUUGGCAGUGACAGUGAAUCUGGAAAUGAACAAGAGAACCUGAUUGCAGAUAUAUUUGGAGAAUCUGGUGAUGAGGAAGAGGAAGAAUUUACGGGUUUUAACCAAGAGGAUUUGGAGGAAGAGAAAGGUGAUGGAGACAUGAAGGAGACAGCAGAUGAAUCAGACUCUGAUGAUAACAUCAAAAGAGGGAAGCACAUGGACUUCAUGUCAGAUUUUGACAUGAUGCUGCAGCGGAAGAAGAGCAUGAGCGGCAAGCGCAGGCGGAACCGCGAUGGGGGAACUUUCAUCAGUGACGCAGAUGAUGUGGUCAGUGCCAUGAUUGUGAAGAUGAAUGAAGCUGCUGAGGAGGAUCGUCAGCUGAAUACACAAAAGAAACCAGCACUAAAGAAAUUAACUUUGUUACCAACUGUAGUUAUGCAUCUUAAAAAGCAGGACCUCAAAGAAACUUUCAUCGACAGUGGUGUUAUGUCUGCCAUCAAAGAGUGGCUUUCUCCUCUUCCAGACCGAAGUCUGCCAGCACUAAAGAUAAGAGAGGAGCUUCUGAAGAUCCUGCAAGAGCUGCCCAGUGUGAGCCAAGAGACCCUGAAGCACAGCGGCAUUGGACGGGCUGUGAUGUACCUGUACAAACACCCCAAGGAGUCGAGACCGAACAAGGACAUGGCUGGGAAGCUGAUCAAUGAAUGGUCUCGACCCAUCUUCGGCCUUACCUCAAACUACAAAGGCAUGACCAGAGAAGAGAGGGAGCAAAGAGAUUUGGAGCAGAUGCCUCAUCGAAGGAAAAUGAGCAGCUCUGGUGGUCAGACUCCCCGCAGGGACCUGGAGAAAGUGUUAACAGGAGAAGAAAAGGCUCUCAGGCCUGGGGACCCUGGGUUCUGUGCCCGUGCGAGGGUGCCAAUGCCCUCCAACAAAGACUACGUGGUCAGGCCCAAGUGGAAUGUGGAGAUGGAGUCCUCCAGGCCCGGGACUAUUAAGAGAGGUAUUAGUCGCUUGGAAAAACACAAGAGACGGUUUGCUGAACAGAAACGACUCAGCAAAGUGCAUCGGGCCAUCAAGUUCAGCAUUGAAGGCAACAGGAUGCCCCUGUAGCCAUACCACUGCCUUCCCAAGUUGGAGAGUUCCAGGGGACCUCUAAGAAAGGGGUGAGUCGACUGGACAAACAGAUGCGGAAAUUCACAGAUAUCAGGAAAAAAAGCAGAUCGGCCCAUGCAGUGAAAAUCAGCAUUGAGGGCAAUAAGAUGCCAUUGUGACCCUUCACAGAAUGCCCCAUGAGCUCUGCUGUAAGACAAUACACCCACAGACUCUUUGGAGACCUUUAAAUUUUUUAACUUGUUUGGGGUGGGUUUGGUUUUUUAGUUUGUUUUUUAAGUGAAUCCUUGAAUUGUUGAUUCAGGUUCUGGUAGAAGAUGUUGUCUGAGGACUGUGAAUAUGGGGACUCCUUUCUCCUGAUUGUAUUUAAACUGGCCCUGUCGUUUCGUUUGUACAGAUCAUGUAUUUGUUGUAUUGCAACACUUUAAAAAAUAAAACAUCUUCUGGGGUUUUU